AUGCCUGUACCCAAAAAAAUUGAUAUUGUUAGCGUUGUUGCCGUUUUAUUACCUGAAUUUGGUAUUGGUUGCCAAGGUGGUCUUCCAUGGAGAUUAUCUAAAGAAAUGAAAUAUUUUAGACAAGUUACAUCAAAUACAUUUGAUUCAAACAAACAAAAUGCCGUGAUUAUGGGUAGAAAGACAUGGGAAUCAAUUCCAUUAAAAUUUAGACCUUUACCUAACAGAAUCAAUGUGGUAAUUUCAAGAUCAUUCGAUUCUCAAUUGACUCAAGAUAGAUUAUCAGAUGAUAAACAAUAUUAUAAAAUCAAUUCAUUGACAUCAGGUAUAUCUCAAUUAAAAGAACAAUUAGGUGAAAAUUUAGAAAGAAUAUAUAUUAUUGGAGGUGGUCAAAUCUAUAAUGAUGGUCUUAAAAUUUCAGAUAAUUUAUUAAUUACCAAAUUAGAGAUUGAAACUACUGAGCUAGAAAUACCAAAAAUGGAUACAUUCCUCAAUAUAGAACAAAUUCAAGAAGAAUUUAUUGAAUCUAAAAGUGAAUUAAAAGAUUUUUUACCAUCAAAGGUUGAAUUACCGGAACCAUCUACACAAGGAGAAUACAUUGAAAGAGAGAAAGGUUACAAAUUUCAAUAUACUCUUUAUACUAAGUCUCAUUAA